AUGUGUUUGCAGGAGGAGACAAUAUCAGAGCUCAGGCGACAGCUGAUUGGUCAGCAGAAGGUCAAGGGGUUUAUUUUGGAUGGAUUCCCUCGGGAUGUCCACCAGGCUCUAAGCUUCCAAGAACAGAUUGGCUCUCCUGAUCUGGUGAUGCUCCUGCUCUGCUCCAAUGAAACUCUGCGCUGUCGGCUGCAAAGACGAGCCACUGAGCUUGGUCUCCUAGGAGACAGUAGCUACGCCCUGCGGAAACGCAUUGACUCAUUUCAGAGAGACAUCAUCUCUGUCAGAAGAUAUUACAAACAGCUAAACCUGCUGAAACAGGUGGAUGCAGACCGAGAUGAGGACCAGGUAUUUGCUGAUCUGAAAUCAGUCAUCAUAGAAAAACUGCCUCAGAAGGAGUCAUCAGAUCCUGCCGAUAUCUUAGAAUGCAGCGGUGCAGUCCCUCCUGCCGCAUCUUGCUAAAAAUACAACUGUAACUAAAAAUAACAUAAAAAAAACAAAAGAUUCUCUGAAAACUGUCGGAACCAAUCACAAAUUAAUCUGUGAGCAAUGUUCUGAUUAGACAAUAAUGUCUGUUUAGUGUGCUCGGUCUUUUAUCUGUUGUUGACCUGUGACACAUAAAUAUCGAUGGUGUAAUCAUGUCUCAUCCAAAUCAGGAGAAACACUUAUAGUAUGAGCUUUUUCUAUUUUUUUUAUUAUUGUUUUCUAUAUAUAUUCAUUUGUAGCAGGUGUACCUUGAGCUUAUAAGUUUGUUCAUGUAAUUGAAUCCUGAUGUACUUAACAUUUGUAAAUACAGUAAAAAACAAAACA